AUAGCACUUACUAUCAUGAAGAGAAAUGCAAGCUCAACGACGAAGAUGGUUCUGCAAUCAGAGAUGUUCCCUGGUGGCUACAAGCAACAGAGCUACUCACACGAUGGCUACUCCUCCUCGGGCUAUGGCCAAGGCCCGAUGCAUAUGGGACCAACUCCCUCCUUCAGCUCUUCUCAGAUGAUGCAUUCUGGAACUCAUGGGCAUGGACACGGUCAGCACCACCACAGCACCACUGAUUUUCAGAGCAGUGCCUCAAACGGGCAUAUGUCUGGCCCUUUCACUCAUGGCAACAGUUUCAGCCAUGGAAUGCCAGCAGGCGGCUAUGGGAGUUCUUACACCAGCAACUUCAGCCAUGGAAUGCCUACUGGCAGCUAUGGAACCUCUUACCAUGGGGCAACAGUCGGCCCCAUGGGAUCGAAGAUUGAGUCACUGAAGCAUGACUAUAAUAACUAUGGUCAUUCAAGCAUGAUGCAUAGCCCUAUGCAUGGAGGUCACCAGUCUGCUGAGUGGAAACUCAAGUCCAUUGAAGACGACGACUAGAGAUGCUAUGAUACUAAUGCAUCAGAAGUAUGCAGACUCUAAUUACUUGGCAAUGUCUCAAAUUUCCCACAUAUAAUGUGGUUGUUAUAUUACUAAGCUUGAAUAAACUCUUAUAAUAUCUA